CGCCAUGGAGAGCUUGCUGGGGUCGCGGCCCGCGGGGGGCGAGGAGCCGCUGCAGAUGUGGCAGCUCAACCAGCGCCUGGAGGCGUACCUGGCCCGGGUGCAGCACCUGGAGGACGAGAACGAGCUGCUGCGGGCCGAGGCGCAGAGCCUGAGCGCCCGGCCGGCCGAGGGCUCGUGGCGCGGCCAGUGCGAGGCCGAGGUGGGCGCGCUGCGCGCCGCGCUGGCCCGGGCCGCGCGCGACCACGGCGCCGCCGAGCUGGCCCGCGACGGCCUCCGCCAGCAGGCGCAGCAGCUGGGCGCCCGCUGCCAGCGCGAGCGGGCGGCGCGCGACCAGGCGGCGGGGCUGCUGGCGCGCGGCGAGAAGCAGCUGCAGGACGAGCGGCGCGCCCAGCUGUGGCUGCGCCAGCAGGCCGGGCAGCUGCAGGCCGAGCUGGAGGCGCUGGCCCGCGCGCACCGCGACGAGCUGGCCGGGCUGCAGCGCCAGCAGCGGGACGCGCCCCCGCCGCCCGCCCGCGCCCUCGCCCGCGCCCGCGCCCCGCCGCUCGAGCUGGAGGACUACGCGCAGCGGCUGGCCAGCCUGUGCCAGGGCGCCGUGGACACCUACCAGGGCGAGCUGGCCCAGCUGGAGGCCGCCCUGCGCCAGGCCGGCGAGAGCCUCCGGAAGGCCGGCGAGGGCAACCGGCGCAGCCAGCGGCAGCUGCAGCAGCUGGAGAGCGAGCUGGCCGGGCUCCGCGGGCGCAAGGAGGCGCUGCAGGAGAGCCUCGCCCAGCAGGGGCAGCAGCAGCACGGCGAAGCCCAGAAGCUGCAGCUGGCCAUGGAGUCUCUGGAGGAGGAGAAGCAGUCCUUGAGGGUCCAGAUCGCUCAAGUCCUGGAAGACCGGCAGCAGCUGAUGCAUCUAAAAAUGUCCCUCAGCCUUGAAGUGGCCACAUACAGGACACUUCUGGAGGCGGAGAGUACGAGGCUGCAGAUGCCACUGACAGACUUCAAACUAACCAGUGGCUUCAGAGAUGCGAAAUUGGAAGCAAGUAACAGUAAACUCCAAGCAGUUUCACUAGACAGAGGGUAUUCGGGCUCCCGAGAUCUCAGGCCAAGUCCUACUACCUUCUUGAAGGGAAAUACAAAGUCUCGGUUACUCAAGAAAGAGGCGGAGUCCUACACGGCAAAUCUUGCUUCCAAGAGCAGAAGCCCUGUGGCUAGAGAGUUCCAGAAAGCCAACACAGUCCUUCAGUCCCAAUCGCCAAACAUUUUUGAUGUGGCGCUGCCUUGGAAGGAUGUCCCAGCUUUUCUCAAUGCAGAUGCUUUUAAGGUGGACUCAUCCCAGCAAAAUAAGGUGAUAGCGGCCACCAAAAUAGAAACGGUUUCCCAGUCGUUCUUCCAGGAAUCUCCCCCCAAGUUCAGCUCCAUCAGUCCCAUUGUUCCAGAUGUCUCAGGCGAGUCUGACUCAAGCACCGAGCAAAAAUGCCAGAAAGAAAGUGAAGGCAGAGGUGGAACUGCAACCAAAAUGGAAACAGAGCAGACCGAGGAGAAGGGAGAAUUGUAUGAGGAAGUGGAGGAGGAGGAAGAGAAGCAGCCCAUUGACGAACCACCAGGAAAGACCACAACCCACAAUGUGCCUUAUCCCACUCAGCUGGUCACAGAAGCUUUAGAAAUUGCAAUAAAAGAAGUUAACGGGAGAGAUAUUCACUUUGAAUCCAGCUUGCUCAACAUGACUGAAACCGAAAAUGGCAUUCCUUCUGACAACUCUUCAUCCAUGGAAGAGGAAAAUGGAGACACUUCUUCGCCAAGCACUGGGGUGUUAGAAGGACCAACACAGAAGGUGCAGAAAGAUCACAUGGGAGACGGUCAACCAACAGAUCAAUUGGAUGACAUGAAUGGUGACCAUGAAGCCUGCGUUGAGCAGCCAGAACAAGAGGCAGAGGUUUGGGUGCACAAAGACCAAAUAGAAGAUGGUCAACCAACAGACCAACUGGAGGAUAUCAAAGGCUUUGAAGACUCUAUUGAGGUUAAUGGUGGCCAUGAGGUUUAUGCUAAGCAGCAAGAACUAGAGGCAGAGGUCUGGGUGUCUCUGGAUGCAGCACCCCUAGAAACAGGAUUGCCAGAGGAAGGAAGAAACAGGGAAGAAAUUCCAGUUGAUCAUCCGGUCAUUGGAGAUAUUGAGAGUUACAAAGAAACAACUUCUCUAGCAAACAAUGAGGGUGAUGAUGACAAGCAGCCAUCUGCAUUACAGAGCACAGAGCAGAGUGACGACUCAGAAAAUGUUUCCGAAUUCACAGAAUCAGUAAGUCAACUGGACAAAGCUGCAGCUGCCAUUGUGAAGGGUGAAAAGGAGAGCUGGGAGCCUGGCACCAGCCGUUGUGAUGAUGACCAUGCAGGUGCCACAGGAGGACACUUGGAGGAAAUGGAUGGAGGGAUAGAGGACCUUGAGGUGAUGAGCACAGAAGCGCUGCAUUUGUCAGAGGAUGAGGAGAGGAAAGAGCUCUGGAGUCCUUCCAGGGAGAAUGAAGAGGAUGAUUUGCAGGCAGAGGUGCUGGAAAGUGAGCAACUGCAGGCAGAAAGAGGAUUCACCAUUGAAAAUUUGUCACCGAUUAGCCACACAACUUUGUCUGCAGAAAGUUGCCAAGAGCACCUCUUUCUUCAGAUGGGGCAGGAGAAGCUUGAGGAACAAGAAACACUGCUUUGCAAGACAGAUUCUGCCUUGCUAGAGGAAGACGGGAAACAGAUGGUCUUGGAACCUGAGGUCUUCAGUGUGGAAGAGGCCAUCUCAUUAGAUGAAAACUCUGCAAGGGAACAAGAAAAUACCCUGGCAGAUGAGCCAUGGGCUAUGGGAAGCAGGGGCGCUGAGGAAGAGGAUGGGGGGAAGGGGAGAGAGGGCGUUUCCAGACACGAAGAAGAGAAUAUUAUGGGAAAUGAGGAUACACUAGAGAAUGGAGGUUUUCCGGACCUGGAGACAGUCAGCUCACACGAUGAUACCUGUGAGCCCAAAAUCGUCUUGCAAUGUGAGAAUGUGGAGAAUGUUCUGGGUCAAGAAAUCUCUAAAGGAGAGCAAACACAAGGAACAGGAGAGCCAUCUGAAGGACAGGUGCUGAUGGAGCAAAGGAUGGAUGAUGAUGAUGAUGAUGGUGGUCCUCCUGAGGCUGAUGGUGAUAUCCCGAAAGGAGAAGAUUUGCUCAUAGGCACAGAAGCAACAGUGACUGAAGGUGAAGAGACAAUGGGCACUCUGGAGAUGGAAGAAAUAGCAGGCCACAUCAGCACUAAUAUCCUGCAGGAUGAAGGUGAGCCACCCCAGUGUGCUGAAGACAAACAGUUCAGGACUGAUGCACACCAGGCCGAAGAAGAGCAAGUUAUUAUUGCUGAAAAAGAAGAAGAACCCCUCCAAAGUCGACAUACAACACACCUUGGACAAAGCCCUGUCCACGAUAUCAGCAAAGAAUUAGAGGCUCUCUCAGAAGCAUUGCACGACACUACCAAUGAGGUUGACGUCAAGGACUACUCUGAUAUAAGCUACCAUCAGACACACAGUGAUAAUUCUGGAUCUGAGGAUUCCCUCGAAUCUUUAGAUACUUCCCCAAAUGCCACCUGUGAGACAGAUGGAAUUGAAAAGGUGCUAGAAAGCCGCAAGCACAUUACACUUGAGGAAACGUUGCCCGAUCACACACCCUUGCACAUGUAUGAUGGGCAGAUGGUGGCUGUGACAGGGAAUUCCCAGCCACGUCAAGAGAGCCAAGAGGCUGCAGAGGUGGUUCUUUUAACCAAAGAUAGCACUGUGUCAUUAGAGGACACACAACAAGUGUUUGAGGAAGACAGUUCAAGCCAUCCUCCAGCAAAAGAAAAUGACAAUGAACAGAAGGGGGCAAAAGCAGAAAGAGGUUGCAAUGCAGAGGCUGCUCCCAGCCAAGACACCCCCAGCUCAGAAGAGCCUCCAACCUCAAAAGACUUAGAAGAAACUAAGACAGAAGCAUCAGAACUCACCGGAGAUCACGAAGAACUACACACCACACUACCUGAGAGCUCAAGCGAGGAAGAGGGUUCCACCCAGUAUCCCGUGCAGUUGGAUGUGGAAACCGACAAAGAGUCUGUGGAAACCUCCCAACAAGGAAAUGGGGUGGAAAAAGAACCCAGCUUCAUAGAACAGAUCCAGGAAGAAGAAGGUGGCACUGAUUCCGCUUGGGAGUCAGAGAAGGACAAUGUUUUCCCAGCAGAUCCGUUUGAUCCCAGCAACACGGAGGAAGGUGUUCUUGUGGGAAACAAUGGUCCAGUGGAAUUUAGUGACCAAGGUCAUAUAGAAGCAGAAGGCUCUCACAAGGUUUCCCCUCUCACCAGUGUUGCCGACUUGGGAGAAAUCAUAUUGGAAGAAGAAGUAUCUCCGGGUGAUGAAAGAGGUGUUGCAGGAUCCGAAGUUUUGGCAUCCUGUGAGGAUGAGAGUUUGCCACAUGUCCACGAAUCCCAACAAACCUCUGACCUAGAAAGCUGUGGAAUUGAAGAUCACACUCAGCAAGAAGACCUGUCAGGCCCUGAUUCAAGCAGCAAGGGUUUCCCAGAUCCUUCGCCAGAGGCAGUUGUGCGUAUUUCUGUAGAUAGUAUGAAAGACUCUGAUAUACUGGAAAUUGUAGAACAAGCCCUAGAGUUUAACCAAGAGCUGAUCAAGGCAUCUGAGCAGCAUGUUGAGGCUGAGAUGACGCCAACAGGAGGAGAUGUGCAACAUUCUCCAGAAGACAAGAGUCAUUAUGCUUCUAUUACAUCACCGGACGUAGGUGAAACCCAGAUUUUGACAGAGACUCCAGAGUCCUCUUCCCCCAGUGCUAAAGACCCAACAGGAUCCAGUCAUCUGGGGGUCGAAACUAAUGCUAAUGGGCUGCAGCAAGAUCCUAGCUUAGCAGAUUUCACUGAGGAGAUACUGAAUGGCAUUGAACACCUCCAUCCUAGCAACAUGGAGCUUGACGUUGGUACUCCCAGAGAGGAAUCAAUCAAGAAGGUCACUGUCACUCAACAGUUCCACAAAGAGGAGACGGAUGACCUCUCCAUGGUGGAGACCGUAGGCCAGAGUCCAUCUCAGACACCAUCCACUGAAGAGGUGCCAAAACCUGGAGAAGUCAUUUCUGAAAUUCAUGAGAAGCCUUUUCUGGACCAAAAAGAGCUGGAGUCCCUGGAUGCGAAUGAGAGCAUAUUUGCUGAGAUAAUGCAGACUGCUUGUGUGAAAGGAGGAAAAGGCACUGAGCUGGAGGCAAUUCCUGUCUCACCACAUUUUGGAGGCGAGGUACUUUGCCUGGAGACCAGCCAACACCUGAAGUUCCAGCAAGAAGCUGAAGAAGAACUGUGGUCUUCAGAAGACAACUGAAGCAUUAUUUCCCAACAGUUAACUCUUACCUGAGGCAAACAAGAUCAUUACUGGCAAAUGGGGUCAAUUUUUUCACCUCCACAAUCUCCCUCCUCCUUUUCUAGCUGCCCUCCUCCCAAAUGAAAAUUUAAAGUAGGCAGUCAAAUUGACAAUCAAAAGGUUUGAUUAGAUAGCAUAUUUACCCCUUUAACACUUUGUGGUAGUGAUAUUUUUUUAACAAGUUUGUUUAAAAGAGCAUUCAAGUCCAGUGCCUUGUAGGAUGUAGUAAGAUAGCAUCAGGGUUGGGGCUUUAAUUAGAGACGAUCAUAUUCUCCUUAAGUGCAGCCAGUUAUUUGGGAGAGUGGAGAGUAAAAGAUCUUGCAUUGCCUCUGCUGCUGGCUACGUCCACGGAGCAAAUGGGUUGGUGAGACGCAUCCAGGUCUCCUUCAUGUUAGCAUCCUAAAUCCUUUUACACUGGCAUCCUAAAUCCUGGCUGUUGCCUGAAAUAUCAACAGAAGGCCAUGUUUGGGAGGGCAAAAACAACAACCACGUACAUAUAAUUUUUAGUAUUUUGUGGCCAGCACAGCAACUCUUAAAACUGGGUUUUAGAAGAUCAUCCCAUCACCAUGGAUCGAGGAUUGCCUUGUCUUGAUUGUGUAGCAUCUUUCUCUUGCUUGUGGAGCCUGGAAAAUACAGUUGUGCACGGAAGAAUCUUUCUCUGAAGUUACAGGAACAAACCGCAGCACUUGCCAGAAAUUUAAUGCUGGGGGGGGGAGAGGUGGGGGGGAGGAAACCUUGUUUGCCCCAUUUCCCUAAUGGCAGUCAGUUCUCCCAAGUCUCUUAAAAGUCAACUGGGUUCAGAAAUGGACUAGACCAGCUGACACAAAGCUUCUGAUCUAGUCAAUUUCGCUCCUAAAGAAGGCAAAUGAAAAGCAUAAGGAGACAGGUUUGGAACUGAAGACCGUUGGCAAUUAAAACUGAGAUUGACUCUAGAGCAGUCUGAAAGUUCCCAGUAUCAAUGUGAAAUAAUGAAGUUACCCGUCCCCAUCUCUCUUUUAGCCUACUUUUGCUGAGAUAAUUUUUCAGACUUCCUAAUCCACUUUCUGUUUUUGUGUGUGUGUGUGUGUGUGUGUGUGUGUGUGUGUGUGUGCCCGCCCCAUGUGCAGCUUUCCACUUGUUUUUAAGAGCGACAAUUUUAAGAACUCAUAAAAUUUGUCUCACUGCUCUUAAAUAUUUCUGUUGGUGUAAAAUUGAGUCUCAAAGUCCAUAUGGGUGACUUUGGGCUGAGAUCACAUUUGGGACACCCACUCUAAAUACUUGGAGGACAAUCUGCUGCGAAGUUCCGCUCAGAGGAACCCUGAAGGGUACGUGCCCCAUGGAUCUCACUCCCUGACCACAAAGGCCAGGUGACUUAUAGCACCGUACUUGCAAUAAUAUCUCUCCCCCCGCCCCCCGCAAUUAAUUUCAGUGGAGGUGGCAACUAUGCACAAUUCAUUUACUCUCUUCCGGAGACGGAGCCAUCAUCCGGCCACAUCAUGCUUGCCUAGAUUUCCACCUUCCCAGUUAUCCCAACGUUCUGCUGUUUCAUUGGGGACCGAUAGUGAUGGGGUUGGGGUGGACCCCAGGACUCAGAGCAGAGGCUGGAACAGGAUAGAAGAGAACAAGGCUUACUGCUGUAUUACGUGAUCUGAAAAAUUGCACCCAGCAUGCUCAGUGGCACUGCAAAGGAUUCUGGGAAGCACUGGCAGAUUACAGGCUGCAGUGGCUUCCUUGGUGCCACUCAGAAUAUCGGCACCACACGAGCCACUUGGUUUUGGCCCAGAACAGAAGCUUCAGGUGCAGGUCUGCUGAAAUGCCUCAGUGCCACUAAACUCACUGAGGGGAGGGGGGCACUUGGUAGGGGCAAUAAGUCCCAUAGCAGGUCCUAACGGAAGUCCAAGGAGCACUUCAGCUGGAUUUGCAGGCAUGUGGCUGAUGGGUUUCGCUGCUCCCUUGCUUGGAGUUGGGAAACUUUCCCAUCCUUGAAGCACAGGGAGGAAAGCCAACGAGAACUUUGGCACACAUUCAAACGCUGACGAAUCUGUGUCAGGCUCUCUAACCCGUUGACGGCUGUGGACAGGCUCUAGAUGGCCAGUUUUAUCUUCUGAGUGCCAGAUGCAAGUAGUGAAAUCAUGAAAUGUGAGUUCUGAGGACCAACAUCCAAUCUGAGGACAAAACAAAAAUCAACUGUGGGGCUUAGGCAGCAAAAUGUUGGUUUUGCUGUGAUAAUAUGGCAAAUGUCUCUAAACUUUGAGAUGCUGAAUCCAGCUCUGAUCCAGCCACGGCCCAGGAACAGAGAUGUUUGCAGGAGGCCCUGGGCAGAGCCAUCAAGAUGGCAGACAACAGUUUGGGGAGGGGACCUUUGAUGACCUUGAAAAGCUAAAAGGGCGAGGGUUUUAUGGUUAACAUACACUUGAUGUGUGGUACUUUUAAAUCUUAAUUUUUUCAGCAGUGCCUUCUUCAACAGAUCCAACAUGACAAACCAUCCGAAGCCUAUGACUGUGCCUCCUUUAUAAGCUAAUAAAGCAAUUUAUUUCCCACUA